GACAGAAGCAAAACUCCUCACCCAUUCUUCAGGAAUCUCUUAUCCACAUUGCAAUUUAACACUCACAAACAUAAAGGAGAAUUACUUAGGAGUAGCUAAUUUGGGUUGAAGCAGAACAAGGUGCAUGUCAGCAGGAAAAAUGAUAAUUUCUUUGGGAUCUGCAAGACAUUUUGUCACCCCAGGUGUAUCAUGUUCUUCGUGUAGCAUUUCUCGGGGACACAUUGUUUCUUCAACCAUUUGGGCCAAACGUUGUAAUGCAAAGAAAGCCAGUUACAUAUUGAGGGUCCGGUCAAGAGGAGAAAAUUGGCUUACAGUGCGGGCUUCUGCCAAAUCAAAUAAGGCGAAAAUAAGUGCAGAAGUAACUGAAACAGACGGCAAGCUGCUAAAAGCUUCCAAAAUUGUACUACAGGAUUAGAGAGUUGCUGAUUGGGAGAAAGCAAAGAAAUAUGAAAAGAGUGGUGAAAUAUAUGAAGGAAAGGUUGAUAAAUCAAAAAGUGGUGGUCUUCUAGUGCGUUUUCACUCCUUACAAGGAUAUUUACCCUCCUCUCAAAUGAUAAUUCCAAAAGAUCGGAACAAGCCACUGGUAGAGAUUCUCAAUGAUUUGAUUGGUUCUACAGUUUCUGUAAAGGUAAUUGAAGUAAAUGAUGAAGAAAACAAAUUGACAUUCUCUCAGAAACUUGCAACAUGGGAAAAGUAUAUCGAUCAAGUCAAUGUGGGAGAUGUGUUUGAAGGAAAAGUCAACAGUUUGGUUGAGUUUGGUGCCUUUGUAUACUUGCGCUUUCCUGAUGGAGGCUACCAUAUAGAGGGAUUGGUUCACAAAUCUGAGAUUUCAUGGGAUUUAGUUCGUGACAUAAAGGAUUUUUUGAUAGAAGGCGAAACCGUUCGUGUAAAAGUUGUUAAAAUAGACAAACAAAGGUCAAGGAUGGAAUUAUCAAUCAAACAACUGCAGGCUGAUCCUUUGUUUGAGACUUUGGAUACGUUGAUGCCUCCAGAAGGAAUAAACAUGGGUGCAUCAAAUGCUGAUGUUGGCGUACCCAAUGAACAACUUCCGGGUUUAGAGCAAAUCUGUCAAGAACUUCGUCAGGAGGAAGGGAUACUCGAUGUUAAAAUUGGAAGACAAGCACUUGAAAAACGAGUUGUCUCUCAGGACCUGGAACUUUGGCUUUCAAAUAUUCCUAGUGAAAGUGGUAAAUUUACUCUCCUUGCUCGUGCUGGUAGACAGGUACAAGAAGUACAGUUGCAUACUUUUCUUGACAGGGAGGGACUCAAACAAGCUGUGCAAAGGGUCAAGGCAAGAGUUCCAUGAGUGCUUGGGAUGCUUCUUGUUUAGAUCAAGCCAUAUUUCAACAUGAGUAUUCCAACAGUGCAAUUCGUUUUCAACUAAGUUCCUCUAGAGUGGUUCCGUCCUUGUGAUGAAUAUCAGUUUCUACAUCUGCCAUUGAAAGGAUGCUACAUAUGCUGCUAAUAUGGGACACAUAAAUAAUGUUUACUGAGGAAGGAACAGGUUUGACAUCAGAAUAUGGUGGCUAGUACAGAUAAGAAGCACAACCACUAUAUAUUCUUAUUCAUGGGUAAUGUGAUUGAAUGCCAAGUUGUCAACUGUAACAAUUGAAAAUACAUUAUGUGGAAACUCUCAUAAAAUUUUGUUUGUGUGCAGUUGCAAAUAUGAUUGCAAUUUAUUAUUUUCCAUAAGGAGUAUUGUAUGGUGUUAUCCUACUUUAAAUGUUUAUUCUAUUUUUUGUAUGUUGAAUAUUAAGACAUAUUGGCCCAUAAACAUCUCUUGUGGUAUGCAUGAUCUAUCAUUUGUGUUGUGUUAUUUU